UACGGGGUUCUAAAAUUCGUCAUCCCUUCACAACCCCCUCUCUCUCUCUCUCUCUCUCUCUCUCUCUCUCUCUCCUCUUUCUCUUUCUCUCUCUCUCCUCGUUCUCGCUCUCUCACCCCUCUCCUCUCUCUUCAAUCGGAGGGCGAAAACGAUCGAUUUGAGCUCCCAAAUCCUUCAUCUUCGUAGAGGCGUCGAUCCCUCCGAGCCCCUCGAUCUCAGUUACUGAUGUUAGGGUGCCGUUUAUGCUGUUUUAUGAUGAUAUAUUGGUGUAAUGUGUGAGCAGGGACUGUACAGUUUGGAAACAAAGAGGAUGGUUUUUUGAUUGGCCCUUCUGAGUUGGUUUCUGUAGAUUUGCUACCGAAGGUGUCGCCGUGUCGGUUUGUGGUAGUGUUAGAUGUAUUAGUUUAGAAAGUUGCUUAUUUGGUUAGAAACUUAAGCUACUUGGAGAGUAGUAGGAUUCAGUAAGGCGAGGAGCCGAUAGCCUUUUGUCGUUACUUUGUUAGUACUUCGUGGUUUUGUCGGUGGGGAUGAGCUUGGAGAAUGAGGACCGCUCGCUACUGGAAUCUUUUUACGAAACUAAAUCUGAAUCCAAAAGGAAGUCGAAACUAUCGUACACAAGAGAGUUCCUUCUGUCUUUCAGUGACCUGGAUGUUUGCAAGAAGUUGCCCAAAGGUUUUGAUGCUUCAAUUCUGAGUGAAUUUGAAGAUGCUUCUGGUAGUUUGCUUGAACGGCAAAGAGGUUCCGGAGGUUAUUCUCGGGGAAGUUCGGCGAGGUGGGAUACUCGCUCAUCUGGAUCAAGCGAUAAAGAUGGAGAUUUGCAGCUUGAACGCGAAUGUUUUAUGCCAGAUAAGCGUUUAGUGAACCAAUCUAGACGCUCCUGGCAACACACCGAGCAUGAUGGGCUUUUGGGAAGUGGUGCUUUUCCACGGCCGUCGAGUUAUGCAGGACCUUCUGCACCGAAGGCUCGAGGGGGUGGACAAUAUCAACUAAAUAGGAGUACCGAACCUUAUCAGCCCCCACGGCCUUAUAAGGCUGUACCUUUUGCACGGAAAGACUAUAAUGAUGCACGUAAUGAUGAAACAUUUGGCUCUUCUGAAUGUUCAAGCCAGGAAAGGGCAGAAGAAGAGAAAAAAAGAAGAGAAUCAUUUGAGUUGAUGAGGAAAGAGCAGAAGCUGACACUACAGGAGAAGCACAAACAGAUUACCGAUAAUUAUAAAGAAAACCAUGAUGAUGAUAUGAUUGCUUUGCUACAGAAUUCUGCUGACAAAAACAGCAUUACCAAUAGAAGUAAAAAACAGGAUGAUGACAGCAUGACGUCAUCUUCUGUUUCUAAAAAUGAUAGUUCAAAGCCAUCUUCUGUUGGAUCUGCUCCUCCGUCUAGGCCACUUGUGCCACCUGGGUUUGCAAAUGCAGUAGGAGAGAAGAAGAUACACAAACAGUCUUCAAGCACCUUCGCGGAACCACAGGCUAGAAAUGAGGCUCCCGAGGAAAACCUUCCUCUGGACAAAACAGGCAUUGGUCAACAAAAGGAAAAUCAAUCAGCUUCCAGCACUGAUGUUCGCAGAAGUGAAGCCAAGAGCACUUCUCACAUAGCGAAUGAAGUAGGAAAGCUCGGCAGUUCAUUCUCGUCAUCUAGAGAAUUUAACUCAAUUGAAACUAUAGCAUAUAGGACUUCAAGUGUUGAGAAAGUUAAUGAACUUCGAGAAGAUGAUAUAUUGGAUGAUUAUGCAAGCAAAAAGGAGGCGAGCUCUAAAAUAUUGAGCUCUGCUACUCAGGACAGAUCUACUUCGAUUCUGGACAAAUUGUUUGGCAGUUCCUCGUCAAAGAGUAGCGUCAAUUCUCCAACUUAUGUUGAGAAUUUGUAUCCUAAAGUUGAUGAGGAUACAGUGCCUCUUGUUCUACCCGAAUCAUCAAAAUUUGCUCGUUGGUUCCCCGAGGAAGAAUUAAAUCCCGUAGAAGACUUUUCAUCGAAGGACUUGCUCUCUUUGAUUGUUGAUAGUGAAAAAGCUGGUCAAGUGUCCUCUGCAUCUAAUGCUAAAACUCCCAAACACAUAUCGCUGAGCUCACAUUUUGAGAAUUUUCUGCCCGCUUCUGUCUCUACUGCUGUGAUCUCAGAAAAGCACCCCCAAAGUGAAAACUCUAAUUCAAGUCCAGUACUUACAUGUGAAGAUCUUGAGCAGCUCAUGUUGGCGGAAGCUAGCAAAAGCACUUCCAACGUACAGCUUCCUGUAGAAGCACAUCGGUCUGUAGUUGAUGAUCAAUCUAAGGAGCAGAAACCCAAUGUAAAUAAUCAUGCAUCGCAACAUCUCCUCUCUUUACUACAUAAAGGACCAAAGCAAGAGACACCGUCAUCUCCUGGCCUACAUGUUGCUGCAAAUAGUAACCCUGAGAAGGUUAAUAGUUCGGAGAAGAGCUUAACACUUGAAGCAUUAUUUGGUGCGCAGUUUAUGAACGCCCUCCAGUCAGUGGAAGCUCCUGUUUCUGUUCGUAUUGCUUCAGCCAACCACCUUCAAGAUCAAGACUAUGUAAAUUCUCAAGUCCAACAUUUGAACCUUGGUGGUGCUGGUUUUGAUGAGAGGGGUCCAGAGAUUCGCCUUCCAGAAGAAGACAGUUUGCUUGCCAUGAAUGAUCCUCUGGAUUCUCUAAACCCUAAUCUCUUUCCCUUUGCAAAGCCUAGUAAAUCUAUUGAGGAACUUAAUGAAAAGUUAGCUAAUCUGAUGCCAAGAGAUAUGGAACGUGUUCAAACACGUGGCCAAAUCGACAGUGAAAUUCGCUAUCAUCAUCAUUUACAGGACAGGCAAUUUUCACAGUUACCCCAUCCUAUGAAUCAGACUAGGCCGAACUUCCCACCGUUGGAUCAUCUCGAGGCCAUCCAUCAUGAUCCUCACCAUCCAUUUCCUGCAAAUAUUAUUCCUCAUCACGGUGGCCCUUGGAUAGAUCCUGCUGCUGCCGCCCAUCAUCUUAUGCUACAGCAGAUGCCCCCUCAAGGAAAUUUCCCUCCGCCGCAGAACUAUCCACUUCAAGGGAUGCCUAGAGGUAUACAUGUAUCCCACCCGAUCCAUCAGAUGCCUGGUUUUGUACCUGAGAUGAACAAUGUACAUAAUUUUCCUCCGCACCAUCGGCAGCCUGAUUAUGGUGGACUUGGAAUGGCAAUGCCGGGACUAGCUACUGGGGAAGGUGGAAGCAGUCGCCCUGAAGCGCUGGAGAGGCUGAUUCAAAUGGAGUUAAGAGCUAAAUCAUCAAAGGAAGCUCACUCUGCGUUAGCCGGCCAUGUUCCCAACAUCUAUGGUCCUGAGCUCGGCAUGAACUUCCAGUACAGAUAAUGUAGAAAGAGCUGCGUAACGCAAAAGCACUUGUGUAAAGAUCUCAGAACCCUUCUUUUGCUUCCGGGGGUAGUGGCAUUGCAUCUACUGUUUGUCGUUGCGCUGAUACAAAUUGCAAAUGUAGGAUAUCAUUUCGAAGAGCUUCUUGAUGAGUUCUGUGUUACUUCUCAUCUCAUCUCCUUUCUCCGAACAUCGCAAAGAUCCCGUGGCCGAAGGCGGAGAAGGAGCAAAUAGAAAAAUGAAUACACAGCUUUACUAAACUAAAAGAAAAUUGUGGACUGAAGCUGUGCGUAAUCGCCGCGCGUAGAAAAGACCUCUAGUUGUUGCUAGUGUUGGUGAUAGGUUGAGGUUAAACAUUUUGAGUGGUUUUCUUCAGCAGGGCUUUUCGAAGAAGCUCAUGAAAAGUUGUAUUGGUGGGGAUUUUAUGAUACUUGUAGUAGUGUUGUGUACAAAUGAUGUCCGGGAGAAUCAGUUGCUGAUUUAGUCAUUGCUUUUCGUUUCAUAAUUUGUUUUUUGUUUUCA